AUGCUUCAGAACUGGUGCAGGUGGAUGGGUGCGAACGCAGAGCGCUCCCUGCUCAUCCUGGAUAUCCCUGACGACUGCGAGGAACAUGAGUUCCAGGAGGCCGUGCGGGCUGCCCUGUCACCCCUGGGCAGGUACCGAGUGCUCACCAAGCACUUCAGAAAGGAGCUCGGGGCCAAGGUAGCCUUUGUGGAGUUUGCUGAGUAUUUAAACCGAAGCUUGAUUCCCUGUAAAAUACCAGGCAAAGGGGGGCCCUGGAGAGUGAUCUCCCUGCCCCAGGUACCUGAUGUUGAGUUUCAGAAUAUGCCCAGUUUUCCUGCACAGUCCCAGGGGCAAGCAGUGGCCAGAGGUGCAGGUGAGGCAGGAGGCCCAGGUGAAGCAGGAGGCCCAGGUGAGGCAGGAGGUGCAGGUGAGGCAGGAGGCCCAGGUGAGGCAGGAGAGGCAGGUGAGGCAGGAGGCCCAGGUGAGGCAGGAGGCCCAGGUGAGGCAGGAGGCACAGGUGAGGCAGGAGGCCCAGGUGAGGCAGGAGGCCCAGGUAAGGCAGGAGGCGCAGGUGAGGCAGGAGGCCCAGGUGAGGCAGGAGAGCCAGGUGAGGCAGGAGGCGCAGGUGAGGCAGGAGGCCCAGGUGAGGCAGGAGAGCCAGGUGAGGCAGGAGCUGCGGGUGAGGCAGGAGGGACAAAUACAGCAAGAGCCUGGGUCCAGCCCUGGGGCUGCCCCCUGCAGGCUGUGCAGGAAAACAGGGCCUCCCGGGAACUGAGACCCUUUUCUGGGAGGGAGCAGCCAGGCUGUGUGGAAGAGUCCCUUGAGAGCUGGCUGGAGCACGCCAAAGACAUGCUGCAGCUGUGGUACCACGAGUCGGAAAGGGACAGGAGGAGGUGGCUGCUGCAGAGCUUGGGUGGCCCGGCCCUGGAUGUCGUGAGCGGCCUCCUGGGGGAAGAUCCCAACUUGUCUGCGGGGGACUGCCUGGCGGCGCUGGGGCAGGUGUUUAGGAACAGGGACACUCGAAUAACUUCUUGGCUGAAGUUCCUGACCUGCACGCAGGGGCCCCAGGAGGGGCUGUUUGCUUUCGUGGUGCGCCUGGAAGGCCUGCUGCAGAGGGCAGUGGAGAAGGGGGCCGUCCACCCAGCCAUGGCCAACCGCUUUCGACUGUGGCAGGUGCUGUCUCAGACCCGCCCCAGUGAGGCUCCCCAGGAUACCCUGAGGGGGAUGCAGCUGGAUAGGAGGCCGCCCGGCUUCCUUCGGCUGCUUCGGCUCAUCAGGGAGAUGGAGGUGUGGGCGGCCUCCCCAGCGAGGAGCCAGCACGGUGCAGCCUGGCCAGAUGCCCCAGCGGAGAGUGAAGAACCAUCUGCCGCCCAGAUGGCCCCUGCCCGAGGAGAUGUCGCCCAGGCUUCCCCAGCCCAAGGGGAUACCAGCGAAGCUGAUCCCAGCGGGGAAGAUGCUGCCAAGGCCACUUCUGUCACCAAAGUGGCCGCCAGGGGUGCCCCUGCCACUGGGGAAGAUGAAAAUGCUCCUACUGGCCUGGAAGGCUUAGGUGGGGUGGGGCCCAUAGAGGUCCCCUGGGGCUCCUUCCCAGCCUGGGUGGGCAGUGCUGUCUGGGUGUUCCCAAGAGGUCCUAGCUGGUGUCCAGAGGGCCUCAUCCAGGUGAGAGGCCAGGAAGCCAGGAAUCCCCCAUUGGAGGGGCUCCAGACCAUCUUGGAGGAGUCUGAAAACGAGGAUGAGGAUGGGGCUGGGGGGGCGGGCCAGCCCAAAUCCUCCCCGGGCAAAUAA